AUGACUGAAAUGAUGAGGGGCUGUGAGGGCCCUGAAACUCCGGCCGAAACGUGUGCUGCGUGCCAGAUGUCUACAGGAGGUCUGGAUCCUGCCAUGAGUGGUGAGCCUGGUCCGAACACUGAUCAGGAGAUGCAGUGGAUCUCAGCCAGGGAGGACAGUUCCCACCAAGCGCCUUCUUUGAACACCCAGCUCUUCCUAAGCCCUCCCCAGGGCCUGGGGGCAGACCCCUUCCGGAGCUCCCCCUCGGAGUCAUGUGGCGACCUCCCUGGCGAGACCUACGAGGAGAUGUCCAGGGACCCCCUUGAGCUGCCGUGUGAGGAGAUGUGUGUCCGGGCAGACCCUUGCGGGGGCCAGUGCCCAGAAGUGCCAUGCGAGGAACUGUGUGAGAGUGUCUUCAAGGGGCCAGCCUCCCGGAGGCUGUAUGAAGAGGAGCGUUAUGUGGGGACAUGGCCAGGCAAGUCUCGCCUGCCCUCCAUUGUAGUGGAACCCAGCGAAGGGGGCGAUGUGGAAAGCGGGGAGCUGCGGUGGCCCCCCGACUUCACGUUGCUGGAGGAGGCUGAGCAAGACGAGCUCUUUGCUGACGGCGAGGAGGCCUUGGGGGCAGGAUUGUCAUCUUUCGACAGCGAUGUGGAGGAGGUGCUUCUGUAA